AUGGAGGGGAAACAAGCUCAGAUUGAUGCUUACAAAAUAGUUGUGAUACUCAUAGAGUUCAGGGUGACAGGAUGGGCAGUCUUGGACGGACAGUUGGAGUUCCAAGAGUGCGAGACACCUGUGCUUCGUUGUGAGAUUGGCAAGCCCACACAGCCUGACAUACUAUGCUGCUGGCAUUGGGUUGCUGUUGUUGGUGCUAUCCGACAUGACAUGUCAAUUGUGCCCCAGGAUUGGAUGCAGCCUGCAGCAGCAGCUGUUGUUCCCGAAUGGAGGGCUAGACUCCCUGGCGGCUGGCCUCCAUCUCUCGAUCUGCUACCCAAAUGGUAUUGCUUGCGCCGGGAACGGGCAAUUGGUAUCAUGGCCUCGGGAAUUGACAAGAUGCCGAUGGGGACCAAGGAUUCAGUCUCGCAGGGCAUUGUUCCGGGCCCCUGCUGCGACUUGAUUGUUGGAUCUCAGGAUGACAGAGACAUACAGACGUUUCUUUCUCCUCAUACCUGUAUCUAUAUGGGUGCUAGUCUGGAGUGGAUCGAAAAAUCAAUCUGUACGUUGUAUACUAGAUAUUGCGGACUGCAUGUGGCGGUAAAAGCUUCUCGAAUAUGGUUAAGGUAUGGUUGUUUGUUGGUCCCGCUCAAGAAAACCCCCCGCAUAUCAGGUGAACGGGGCGGCUUUGAGUCUAUGAGCCUAGAGUUCGUCAUUAACUCCGCGCCGUACAGGCUGGACCCUGACUCUCGAGAAUGGCGAGCUUGGUGCUUCUCAGCGCCGGCUGUGUUGGACCGAAUAACACGUGGCAGCGGACCAAUUUCGACGGUGCUUACGCCCCUGUUGGCGGAGUUUGGAGGCUGGCAAAUGCGCUCAAACGUCCGCAAACUUGGAAGUACUUGCGCAAGAAAACACCUCAUCCGCACCUGCUUGAAAUACAUCUGUCACAGGGUGCCGACCGUCGAUUCGGCGGACGUGGUGGGUUCUUCCUGCCGGAUUAGCACCACGCCUUCCAUGGAACUUUACUUUGGUAGGUACUGCGAAGUGUACCUGCGCAUUUCAAAGUUCAACAGAGUGAGAGAGAGAAGGAGCAGAGGGCUAGAGAAGGGAGCUAGGGGUUCUGGAGACUUUGUGGGCCCCGUCGAGCGCGUCAUCCUCGCUACGGGACAGAACUCUACGCACUGCAAGCUUCGUAUCUUUUGCUGUGUUGCCGCGUGGGAAGGUACAUCACCCGUCGCAUUUUCCCUUCCAUCCAUCUGGCAUCUGGGCCAAGCCAAGCAAUGGAAGGAGGUCCCGCAAUCGUAUCCCUGCCGGGCAGGUACGUACUGGCCAACGUACGGCGAGCCAGCGGACAUCCUUUUCAGGACGUUUCGAUUUUCUGACCUUGGCCCCAUUGGACCUGGAGACUUUUCGGUGCAUUCUGCGGAGGGUAUUCACUCUGCUGUUGUUGGCUGGCCUUUGCCUUGCGGAAGUCCCUACCUAGGUACCUUCCCUGAGGUAGUGCACCUACUCAUUUGCCUGCCCCAUGCUUACCCUCCCGGCCCAGCUCCAUUCCGUCCCAUCUUUCCCACCGGGGCGUGCUCCUUGACGCUGUGUGUACUUCGUCCGCCGACAGGUACCUCACUUGUCUUUCAUCCUGGUGCUUCUUUUACCCCUUCCUCUUCCGUCACCUUCGACGUCUUCUCUCCUUUCCUCCUCACUUCCUUUUUUUCGCGUCGGUCCUUUAAUCAAUACCUCCUCUGCCAGUCUAUCUGUCUGACGCAGGAUCCUCACAUCUGUAUCGAGCGGGUGGUGGCUUGUACACCCAGCAAAACCAACGGCAUUACCGACUAA